CCUCCCUUUCAACUCUUUAGCCUCAAAAGGGCAAUUAGCCGUAUUUUAAAUUUUUUACAAUAAUUUCGGAGUAGGCCCAAUUUUGCAUAGACCUUUUUAAAGUGCUAGUUGCCUUAUUUAGAAAAAGAAGGUGGCAGACUGCUUCUGUCUAUUCUCUAUUGUUUAAUAUCUAGAACUCUAUGGUGUGUGACAUGUCGUGAAUUAGAAUUAGACUAUUUCAAUUAAAAUCGAUAAAAUAACAUAAAGUUAUUAAAGAUGGUUAAGAUUACUGAAGAAAAUUCAUCUGGUGAAACAGCCUCGGAUAAAUUAGUGCCAAGUGGAUCAAACGUAGAAACAACGGUUGCUGAAAAUGAAAAUGUGGAUAUUAAUGCCCAAAUUGACGAACAGCGUCGACGAAUGCAACCAACUAAAAUGGAAUCAUUUUUUGCCAUUACAAAGUCUCUUAUCAUACGAGCACUAGUUGUAUAUUUUAUAACAUCGAUGUUUCGCCAACCAUCAGCACCUAAAACUGAUGUUAAUAGUGCCACAGGUGUUCCUAGAGUAGCUGCUAUAAAUAUGUUUGAUAAUGGAACAAUUUUAGAUAUGUAUUCUUACUUAUCUGAACGUGAAUUUAAUAAUUUUGAAAAUGCUCGAUUGAUUUGGAAACAAUCUGGUCUUAUUUAUGGUGACUGGUCAGGAGGUCCCAACAAUGAUGGAACAUAUACAUAUUCUACAAGUAUUGAAGCAUCUGAAUCAUUGAAAAAUAAUGGGUCUAUAUAUCUUCAUGUUUAUAUUGUACCUUCUGGAAAGUCACCAGAUCCAAGGGAUAAGAGUAAUCAUGCUGGGCAAUAUGUUACCUAUGGGAGAAAAAUGUUGAAUAAAUACAAGAAAUUAAAAUAUCAAAAAACACACAAUCUUCUGACUGGUCAGAGUGAAAAAUCUGAAGAAGAGCUAAAGAAAGCGGAGACCAUGCAAGAAGAAAUAGUAUCCCAUUGGCAUCCAAAUUUAACAAUCAAUUUAGUAACAGAUCAAACUAAUUGGAUGCAAGGGAGUGUGCCUCCACCAUUAGAUGAAUUUAUUUACUUUUUACCUGACGGCAAAAAGUACAAACCUGCUGUAUUUUUAAAUGACUAUUGGAACAUGAUGCGAGACUAUUUUCCCUUAAAUAAGACAACAACUACUCUUCAACUGGAACUUACGUACCAACCAUUGAGUCUUUUUAAAUGGCAGUUGUACACAGCCCAAGUGAUGAGGGAUAAACUGAGUGUAUUUUCUGCCUUGGGUGCUGAAGAACAAGAUGAAGAGCAAGAUACAGUUAAAGAAUUACUUCUUGAUACAUCUCCAUACUUGUUAGGUUUAACAAUAUCUGUUUCUAUUCUACAUUCAAUAUUUGAGCUCUUAGCAUUCAAAAAUGACAUUCAAUUUUGGAACAAUAGACAGUCACUUGAGGGUCUUUCUGUUAGAUCUGUCUUCUUUAAUGUUUUCCAGUCUACAGUUGUGCUGCUCUAUGUUCUAGAUAAUGAAACAAAUGUCAUGGUUAGAAUAUCUUGUUUCAUAGGUUUGAUGAUUGAGAUAUGGAAGAUAAAUAAAGUUAUGGAUGUCAAGUUGAAUAGAGAAGACAGGAUAUUUGGUUUUCCAAAACUCUCAUUUACUGAUAAAGGGUCUUAUGUAGAAUCAAGCACAAAGCAAUAUGAUAUGCUAGCUUUUAGAUAUCUAAGUUGGGCGUGCUUCCCCCUUCUUGUUGGAUAUGGAAUUUAUUCCUUAUUGUACUUGGAGCAUAAAGGGUGGUAUUCAUUUAUCCUCAACAUGAUGUAUGGAUACCUUUUAACUUUUGGUUUCAUUAUGAUGACACCUCAGUUAUUCAUUAAUUAUAAAUUGAAGUCUGUAGCUCAUUUACCUUGGCGUAUGAUGACUUACAAAUUCUUAAACACAUUCAUUGAUGAUAUAUUUGCAUUUGUUAUUAAAAUGCCAACAAUGUACCGGUUGGGAUGUUUCAGAGACGAUAUUGUGUUCUUCAUUUUCUUGUAUCAACGUUGGAUCUACAAAGUUGAUCACAAGCGUGUCAAUGAAUUUGGUUUCUCAGGUGAAAUGGAGCAGCAACAAAACCAAACACCUAAUGAAAAUCUUGCUAUUACAAAUCAACCAGAAACAAUUGAUAAAAAGAAUGAUUAAAAUGUUUACUAUGUUCCAAUUCAUAUAGAUAGUUAAUUAAGAAUUCUUUAGAGAAAUGUUUGUUAAUUAAUGUAAUGAACCACUUAGUUAUAAUCACUAAAUUUUGUUGUGUGAGCUGGAUUUUUAGGAGUGACUGUAGCUAUUUGAUAGUUAUGUAUGCAAUGAAGCAUCAAUAAAAUUUAACAUUAAAGAUAUAUUAUAAAACAAUAAGGAUCAUUUAUCCGUUAUAUACUGUUAUUUAUGCUAAUAAAAACAAUUUUAAUAAAUAAAUCAACCAAACCAUCCAAUAAGUAAUUAUGAACAAAGCUUAAUAUAGUAGAUACAAUUGUAUUUAAUAUUUAGUUGAAAUAUUUAUUUAUUUAAGACACGUGAAGUCAGCUACCAUUUAUUACAAUGUACACAAUUUUUGAGCUCAAAAUAUUUUCAGUAUUGCUUUUUGCUUGUUAUUAACUUUCGAUUCAUUUAAGACAUUCAAUUGUGGCUGUGUGUGUAUUAUAAUAAAUACAAUGUUUUAUUUAUUGAAAUAAAUAUAUUAUUAGUGAGUUUUAUAUUAAAUAUACACCUGCAGCAUUGGUAUAAAGAACAUUGUUCAGAUAAUUAAGGGUUCAAAAGUAGUUUUUUUAAAUUGUGUUUCAUAAAAUAGGUAAUAACGACAGUAUACCCUUCACAUAUAGAUAAUAGAUAUUUUAGCAUUGUAAAUUAUUUAAAAUUGUUCUACUUAUAUUUGCCCACGACAUAAUAUUAUUCAUUUUUAAUUCUUAAUAAAAUAUUCUAAGGUUUAAUUAUAAUUUAUGUUUCGAGUCGUUCGAUCAUAUCCUCUAAUGCCCAAAGAAAAGAUGCAUGAACAAUACAAUCAAUACUGUUAAACAUAGAAUAGUUAGUUCCCAAUGUGUUUUUGUCAACAUAUUUCUUAUUGGUUGUGGUGCAUUGUUACAAUAAUUGUAAAGAGUGGGAUGAACCUUGACUCAUAUUUAUUGCAAUUGUAUUAUUUAUAACACAUACUAUGUCUGUUAAUUUUUUUGACUGAUUCAUUUAUGUCCUGGUAAAAAUGACCAUUAGCUAUGAAAACAAUUUACUUAAAUUUGUGUGAGGUAUAAAAACAACUUCUA